AUGAAGCGUCCUCGGUCCCGACGGAAUAGAAAUCAGGGAAGCGACCGUGGCGAAGACGGUAUCACUACCACCACCACCACUAGCAACUUGGACGAGCAGAGUGACGCUACCUAUGAAACGGAUUUGACAGAGCAGGACGAUUACUUAAGCUCACGAAAACGUCUCCGGUCGGAUGAGAACUGCUCUGCUUUGGAGCCAGGGCUCUCUAACGACUUGGGAGAAUUCUACGAUGAUCCACUAGAUAAUGAUGGAGUUGAUCUCUCCGAGAUCCCCGAGGAUUUCGACAAGGCUCCUGGCUGGUGUCUUAAACUCGAGCGCGGCAAGGAAGGUCGAUGGUUAAAACGCACCCACAAAGCUAGCUCGUUGAAUAUGGACUGGAAAAACCUCCGCGGCUACUACCAAAAGCUUACCAAGAUCAAAAUCAACGAUGCGGAUGGCUUAGAUGUACGGAGGGGUAUGAAGUACUUGGUCCAAGAGCAUGGGUUAGACACACAACCGGGAAAGAAGACGCUGGUUUAUAUCGAGGAUAUCGGCCCAUUUAAUGAAACCAUUUUGUCGACUCAGGAGAAGAAGUUCCACCUAGGAUUCCAACGCAUCCAGGUGUGCCUGUUUAACUCCCUCGCUCUAUUCACCGUGCACCGGAGGAAUGCCUUGUUAAGUCUGCAAUUGAAGGACCUGCAGAUCUCCCUUCAGAAGGAUCCUCGUGGAGGGCCUCCCAUUCCUAUGAUUGAACUUACUGCCGAGGGAACCAAAAAGUUCCUCGGGUUGACCAAAUUGUACGGCCGCCGCAAUUUCUUUGCCUCCCUUUGA